GGAUCCCCUGACGCAACUGCCGAUAGUUUACGGUAAGAGACGAUACGGUAUCAUAUUAAGUUACCAUUAGUUAACUCCGAAAAUAUUCCUGACUUCCCCUCCAUACCCCACCACCUUGCUGUCCUCCUCUGCAAGCUUCUUUUUUCCACUCUUUCCCUCAUAAGAAAGUAGUUGUUUGAGUCUGUCGAUUUAUUCUGAUUCGAAACCGAAACAAUGGCUGCUCCUCAAGGCUACCCUUUUCUCCUUCUGGAGAACCCUCUGCUCGAUAUCCAAGCCGUCGGUGACGCCGAGCUUCUGGCGAAGUAUGAACUGAAAGACAACGAUGCAAUUCUGGCCGAGGAAAAACACAUGGGACUUUACGACGACCUGCUGAAGCUUGAUGCUAAGCUUAUUGCCGGUGGCGCUGCUCAGAACACUGCCCGUGGAGCCCAGUACAUACUUCCUGAGAACUCCGUCGCCUACAUCGGCUGUGUCGGUCGUGACAAGUAUGCCGAUGUCCUGCGGGAAGCUUGCGAGAAGGCUGGUGUCCACACCGAGUACCGUGUGGAUGAGACUCAGCCCACCGGCAAGUGCGGUGUUGUUAUUACCGGACACAACCGCAGCAUGUGCACACACCUUGCUGCCGCCAACGAAUACAAGCUCGAUCACUUGAAGCAGCCUCAUAUUUGGUCCCUGGUUGAGAAGGCCCAGGUGUACUACGUUGGUGGAUUCCACCUUACUGUCUGUGUCCCUGCCAUCCUGGCUCUCGCCGAAGAGGCAGCCGCUAAGAACAAGAUCUUCAUGCUGUCUCUUUCUGCCCCCUUCAUCCCUCAAUUCUUCAAGGAUCAGCUUGACAGUGUGAUGCCAUACACUGACUACGUUUUCUGCAACGAGACCGAGGCUCGUGCCUACUCUGAGAGCCACUCCUGGGGCACCGAUGAUGUGGUGGAGAUUGCCAAGAAGCUCGCUCAGUUGCCCAAGAAGAACACCAGCCGCUCUCGCGUUGCUAUCGUCACUCAGGGCACUCUUCCCACUGUCACUGCUGUCGUCAAGGACAACGGCGAGGUUGAGGUCAAUGAGUACAGUGUUCGUGAGGUUCCGAAGAGCAGCAUCAACGACACCAACGGCGCUGGUGAUGCCUUCGCUGCUGGCUUCUGCGCCGGUAUCGUGCAGAGCAAGUCUGUUGAAGAGAGUGUCGACAUUGGCCAAUGGCUUGCCAGCUUGAGCAUCCAGGAACUUGGGCCAUCGUAAGAAUCCUGACCCCCCUUGUUGAGAUCUGAGCGGUCAACGCUUAGCACAAUUGACCCCGAGACUGACUUUGAUCUUCUCAAUCUAGGUUCCCUUUCCCGAAGCAGACCUACGUCCCUUCCAAGCGCGCCUAAACACCAGGUAGCCACCUGUACUGACUGAGAAAGCCUCAACAGCGUUUCUUGGUUUACUCCCCCUCUUCUAAACGAUUCAACCCUUUAAUACCCAUCUUAACCUUUACUUAACAUCAAAGGUAAUAUUGCCAUGAAAAGAUUUUCGGAAAGCGGCAUCUACUUGUGCAUAGCAGUGUCCAGCGAUUAAGAGAAAACAUCGCUGAAACCCAUGUUCUCAACAACGAAUGUAACGAAUAUAUUGUGGCCGCUCGUGUCUCGCACUUUGAUUCGAAUGAAUCCCAGAUAGAUAUAUAGAAAGAUAAAAAAAGAACGUCCGUCCGGAAUCCACCGUCCGACGUCCGUAGACUAUA